AUGAGACUAUGCGGCUGCCAUGAACAUUCUCCCAAGCUCAAUGCAAUAAAUAAUGAGACCAGUUCAGAAGACGAAAAUCUCAUGAUGGGAAGAACAGUCACAGGACAGUCUUCCUCAAGCCAGGGAAAAAUUAUUCCUCAGAAAAGGGAAUUUGAGCCGGACUGCCUUCCUGUUUCUAUGCCAUCUUCCCAUGAUCUGACAAGCACAACUGAAUCCAGAUCUAUCCUAGAUCAGCUUCCCCACCGAGAUCCAAUCACCGUAUUCUCGAUUUCUUUGGAUGUGGAAGAUGUCUUUCUUCUGGGCCUUAGCUGUCGGGGGCUAUGGACCCUCGUGACACCCGUAAUUGCAAAACAUUUUGCGGGCUACUUGGGCGUUUGGGCGGGAAUUCCGGUCAUUUCGGUAUUGUGGGGUGUUUUUGAUCAGCUUGAGCGUGGCCGUUUGAUGUGCGGCGAUGCUUAA